AUGGAUGAGUGGCUCACAGCACAGAUUGAAAGUAGGGAUCACUUACCUUCUAUAGAUCUCAUCGCUGCUCUGUUAUGGCGGAUCUGGAAAGCUCGCAAUAGUUUUAUUUUUCGACACAAGUGGCCAAAUCCCUUGCUGGUCGUUGAGGAGGCCCUAGCUCAGGUGCGGAUCUCUGCGCCCUCAUCCCAACCGUUGCUAUGUACAGACCGAGCUUCUUCCCCACCAGAUCACCUGUGGCGACCUCCGGAUCCUGAUGAAAUCAAACUCAAUAUUGAUGGCGCAUACCACCAGACAACAUCACAAGGUGCUAUGGCAUGUAUAUUCAGAGAUCAUACCGGUACUUUCCUCCAUGGCUUUACCUGUGAUUACACAGCAAACUCGGCUCUGCACAGCGAGAUCCAGGCGCUCCUGCACACUCUUGACUACCUGCUACAGAAUGGAAAACAUCAUCAACGACUCGUCCUUGAAUCUGACUGUCUAACGUUGAUCGAUGCAGUGCAUAAUCCAUCCUCGACGCCCUGA